AUGGGCAAGAAAGGGCGAGAUAUGAAAUGGUGGGGUUGGCAAGAGCAAGGUUGUGAUCUGUCGGACAGUGGUUCAACUAGGACUGAAUCCGAAUUUGAGGAUGGCGAUGAACGCCGAAGAAAUGUAUUUAUUGUUGAACAUGAACAAAAGCGAGCUCUCUUCAAGAUUAGUUCAGGGACUAAUGCACCUCAAAGCUUACGAAGAUAUGACUCUACUCAACAUACACGUUUGACCACUGCACUGAAGCCUGAUUCGGAAUCAUACAAAAAGAUGCGACAAGUAGUGCCAAUAGGUACGUAUCCAACUUAUGUGCAGAUGUCAACGCUGCACAUGAACGAAUUGCGUAUGGCCGAAAUACGCGGAGAAAGGGGUGUAGCGCGGACUUGCACUGUAACCCGGAAAUUCAGUGAUAAACCGUCGACCAUGACUAUAAAGACACCAGUACCCCAUAGGUGGAGAAACGAAAUCCUCACCGAGUUCAGAUGUCAAAGAGCUGGGCCAUCCGGCCUUGACACGAGCUUACAGCCAGCCCAGCCAACAUCGGAAGAAGCCAUGGAGACUUGA